AUGACGAUGGUAACAAUGCGCUGCGUGUCGCUUGUGUGUGUGUUUUGUCUCCUGUGUGGGUGUGUUGCGAGUGCAGGUCAACCUGAUAAUACGUCUUGCGAGAAGAAGGAGGGUGGUGAAUGUGUUGAUUCCCGAGGUUCCAAUGCACCUACUGAUAUUCUCCCUGGAGGAGGCCAAGGUCCUUCCACGUUGGGUGGUUCUCGGAGUGAUGCAGCGGCUCUUGACACUGACGACAGUGGCAAACGUUGUGAAGAAAAUUCUGAUGCCCCAGAGUGCAAGAGAGUAACGAACUCUGUUAAUAUCAAGUCGUGUGCGCAGGCAGAAGAUGGGAGUUGCUCACAGCUCUCUGUACCUGUUCCGCGUAUUCCAGAUGCAUUGUCGAGUGUGCCUUGCGCGGGUGGUACGCCUGGACCUUGUCCUAAGAUCGAUCCUGUGGUGCCUGGUGGCGUUGGUGCUAAUAUCACUUCUCAGCCCACCCCUGGAGUGGCGCGGUGUAAGACGUCUCAAGAUGUAUCCGGUGAAGGCGAGGAUUGUAAAGAUGACGUUCUCCCUCAAAAGGCGCCUUCCCCUGCGCCUUCAGCUCUUCAGCAUCGGACACCGGAUUCUCACGAUAAGACGAAGGCCACUGAAGGGAUGUUACCAGUAACACCAGGACCGAGCCAGCAAGAACAACAAACAGUACUCAAGGGAGAUAAAAAAAGCCCCAGCAAUGAGGGCCAUGAAGCUUCAACGAGCAAUCAAGAAAACGGGCAACACAGUGACACAAAGCUCGCAGAGAAGGGCCAGCAGGAAAGCGCUGAUCACUCUUUGGAUAAUCCCAAAGACGCUCCCAGAAUUGACAGUGCGAAGAAGAGUGCACGGGAUUCUGAUACUUCUCCACCUGCAACAGAUUUGGCUGAGGAUGACAGCUCUUCUGUCAAUCACACCAAUGGGAAUCCUGUUGAAAGCCCUGCUCGUACUGCAGACACGCAAGGUGAUGUCGUGCAAUCGCAGUCACCAUCCGCCUCUACUUCUACGGGUUCCACGGAACCUACAGAUAACAAGGUGAGCAACAGUCCGUCUACCGACAAGGACCAAGACACGAAGAAUACGGACAGCAGCGUCAGUCCUGUGUGGGUGCAUGCACCGCUGCUUCUGCUGGCGUUGCUUGCAGUGACGGCUGUGUGA